AUGUGCCGUUUCGUGUUUCUCGCGUUGUGUUUGGGGGCGGUUUGCUCGGUCCACGUGGGCACGCGGGUGCGCCGGGGCAUCUUCGGGGGCCAGACGAGCACCGUCUACAAGGUGGUCGAGAAAAAGCAUUACGUGCCGUACUCGUGCGUCUACGUCGACCCGAACUUGCCCAACUGCCGCAACCUGAGGUUCCUGUGGGGCCCAGCGGACGUCAGGAACGCUUUCGUCUCGCCCGACGUGAUCAAACCCACCGAACCGCUAGCCGAGAAGAACGCUACCGCGAUUCUCAAGCAGGAUCUUACGCGCAGGAUGGAUAUCGUCGACGGUAACGCGACCCGCGCGCCAUCUCUCGGCUGGGGGGAGUAUCUGGGCUUGUACGGGCCGCCGGUGACUGUGACGGAAAUCCGGGUGACGCACACGACCGUCCUCGACCCGAGGAUCGCCAUCACGUUCGCCGUGAAAGGUUGCAAACCGAGAGAGUUGCCGCUGAACAUGGAAAAGUGCCCGGAGGCGACCCGGGUGCCGAACCUCGUCGAGAUUUUGCCCACCAGCACCGUGGCGCACCGCGUCGAGCCCACCAAACUGCCCGAUUUGGUGCCCGCGGACUCGGCCGACCAGCUGACGGGAGCGGAAACCGCCCUCGAAGGCGGCGACGUCGGCGGCCCCACCCAACACUUGUAACGCGAAAGAUUUCCGCUUUAGGAUUAGCUUGUACCGCAAUAAAAUGACGUAUCGAUUACGCUUUUGCCGUUUGGAUUUAAAAGCGAGCGCGGAGGCGACAUCUAUCGCCGGGUAGCCUGAUCAAGAAAAACCAUGUUUUUAUUUUAUUAUUUCUCAUCACGGUGUUCUAAUUUGGUUGUACCAGUUUUAAAUAUAUGUACUCCUUCGUUGCUCUGAAUUUUUUUAGGGUCAAGGCAUUUUUUGAGGUUUAAUUCGUGGAUUUUUGAAAAAAGAUGAGGUGGUUUAAUUUGCACCUAGUGCUUCAAACGCUGCAAUUACUCUGCAUAGUAUUGACCAGUGAUGGUCUUGCCCUAUUCAAGGUAAUCAAUGUAUAUAAUUUCUCUGGCAUCCCCAAAAACAGUAGCCUUUUUUGGAGUUGGUUCCCCAUUUGCCGUUUUAACUGUCCCUUAUUUUCAUGAGUGUAGUGAUGGACCCAAGUCUCUAUUUUUCGAUUUAGUUUUUGGUCGCCUUUUUAUUCUGGUCCAUUAAUAAACGUCAUCACUUCCUGCAUUUUGGAUGAAAAAUGCCCAUCUAUCUGGAAAA